AAUCUAUAAUCUAUCUGUUACUAAAAUUUUUUAUUUAUUUUUGAUUACCUUUCACGGCCUUUCCGGAAGUUAAAGGACCUUCUACAAGCAGCAAGGACAAAGGUUAGCACCGAUUGAAUGAUGACAUCUCAACCAAAAAACAGACAAGGGAGACUCUCCAUGGGACAUAAUUGCCAGGAUAGGGAUCUUCCGAACGGAAUACGUCUCCAGCUUGUGAUACUGGUGGUAAGCAUGUUGGUGGCAGGCUCGGCCUAUUCAGGGAAGGGUCUGGAAGCAAUUCAUGGUAUGACUAACAUACCACUUAAUGAACCCAGUCUUUUAAUGGUGGAGUGUUUGGGUGGCAAGAUCCUGAAACCAUACGAGAACUUUACUUUUACACCAGGGCAGUGGUAUCUGUAUGGUUUCCAGAGAGAGGGUUUUGACAGAGGUGUAAUCCAACAUUAUACCCCUGUGGAGAAUGUGUCUGCCAUACAACAUGACUUACAUGCCCUCUGCCUCAAGGAGUUUAGACAUUUUCAGGAUUCAGAACCUAUACCUAUUAAAUCUUUUAGAUGGGUAUCUAGAGACCCGCACUUACACCCUUAUAAGAAGGUGGAAGUCAAUAAUACAACGGUGUUGUGUACCAAAGAAGGAGUCCUGAGUCACUGCGGCAGAAUAUAGCGGUUGGUUUAUCCUUCAGGCUACCUUCACAAAGAGGGAUAGCCAUGAUGGGUUAAGGGUAAAGACAUAUUUUGAUAGACCCAUUCCAGUAAAAGGUACCCUUAAAGCUUAUUGCAUGUUGAGGGAUUCCCAGAUGAUUAUCACUAGGGAAUCCAGUUACGUUCAUGGUCAUGUGUCUACAGACUAUUUGCGAACCAGUGUAAUGAUGUUAAAGUUAAACUGCAGCAACUCUGGUCAGGUCCUAUGGAAUGACCAGACCAGUCCGGGAGAGAUGGAAGGUCUAUACAGGGCGACAGUUUUACAGGUACGGACCGAUGCCAAGGACCUGAGGUAUACUCAGUUAAAGGGAUCCCCAUCCAUACGGUCCUUCAUGAUUACAAUCAUGAGGGACAACUGUGUGCAAGAGGUGGCAGGGUACUAUUUUGUCACCUAUGCUCAUUGGGAUCAGGAUACACAAAUGGUAAUGUCAGACACCAAUCCCUGGCAUUGGGAUCUAGUGUGUAACGGGGUAGAUACCCCUACAGUAAAUAUAUGGAUCGAUGGUACCCCUAUGACUGAGGAAUACCGGAAUAGGUACGUGUCUUCUGAUUGGAAAGACCCCAGUGGCAGGGAUAUUAACUUUGACAUCAAUAUAGAUGGUCCGUUCAAAUGGCCUUUUUGUGAGACUGUAGAUGAAGGGUGCUGGACUUUUACACAGUGGGCCUAUCUGUCCAAAUCCAAACCUAUAGGAAAACUAGUGUUGCAGACUGGAGAAAGUGAACAAUGGUAUCCAUUCAAAGGAAGGGGGCAAGUAUGUGUAACCGUGGUGAGGAUCCCCUAUGAAACAGAAGGUCUUCAACCAGUUAAACCGCAUUCAGACUCUUGCAACGCCCCUAUCCAUCAAUUGGCCGAUCCAGUAGCCCCUCAACUGUCAUCCCCAUGGAAAAUCAUCACAGGGGCAAAGUUCAUUCUUUUCACCUGGAGGAUUUCCAUGGAGGAUUUCAGAGUGGAUCAUUGGGAUCACAGAUGUGGGGAGUUUAUUCAGAACCAAAUUGAUAUGAUGAAAGGAUGGAUAGAGGCGGGGCAAGAGGUUAGGAAAGACGACCCUCGACGCAGGAAAUUCAGGAGGAAGAGAGAUUUGGUAUCCAUGGGACUUGGUGGGGGGGGUGCCCUGGGAGUGGGAGUCCUGAACACUAUGGAUAUGGAAGUCCUGAAGAGUAAGCUUGGGAAUGUUGCGCGACAUGCCGGAGAAGGAUUAAAUACUCAGCUGGAUGUAAACCAGGUCCUUGAAGGUUUGCAGCACUCACAUAUAGAUGCCACUACCUCUCUAUCUUCUGCUCUGCGAGAAAAGUUUAGACGGCUCGUCAUGGGGCUUUUGGAGGUACAGGAUAGAGUACAGCUGGCUCUGGCAUGUACGCAGGUCCAAGGUGAGCUCUCGGAUAACCUUAAACAUAUUGUAUCAUCUUUGCACGGAGGCCACUUCCCAUUCAACCUCCGCCAACGGGUAAGUCCAUUUAUUUCCCAAUUUGCACUCAAUCACACGAAUUGGUGGGUGGUCCAAUGGCACGGGUGUCGGAACCUCACUUGUACCACCUCGUCAUUGGCACCUGUAUCUGGUCAGUUAUUACAGGGAUACAGUGCCGUCAACCUGGGGGUGGUUGUAGGUAAUAAAACAAUGUUUCAUCCUCAGCUCCCCUCGGAAGUCCUCACUAACUAUCUAGUUAAUGUGGAGGGAUGCUGGAGGAAAGAGGAUGCGAUCCUCUGUCAGGGUAAUCAGGAUCGGGUGCUUCGACACCAGUGUUGGAACUCCGAGGGGUCCUGUGAGAUGAAGACUAACCCAAUGCUGUCCUCUCAUUUGGUAUACUUAGGGCAGGGAUAUUGGUGUUGGUACCAAGGGAACAAUGCAACCUUUAUCAUUUAUGGAACUAACUGUACUGCGAGGGGAGAACUUCCUCCCGCUGUGUAUUGUACUCUUAGUCCCAUUUUAGGAUUAGAUGUUGCAGAGCAACAACGAAGAACACUGAUCACCCCCGAAAAGAGGCUUGACAUCCGCCCGGACGUUCCUGUGAGACUCCAAAAGAUUCCUCUGGGUUUCAGCAAAGAACUUAAAAAUCUCCUUCUGAAUUUUAAUCGAGAGGAAGAAAUACUUCAGAAACUUCAUGAGUCCGAGAAGCAGGCCACCAUCCAACUUGUCCACGACCAGAACAAGAUAAAAGCAAUUGCCACUUCCUUAGAUAAAGACGCCAAGGUUUCCUGGUGGGAAAGUUUGUUUGGUUACAGCCCAAAGGCGACCUCCUUCUUCAAUCUAUUGAUCCAUCCUGUGAUAAUCCUUCUGGUUCUGGUCUUCAUUAUGUACAUGGGAUUGUGGCUGAUAUAUCGGAGAGUCAAGAGACUUGCAGAAAAAUUAAAUCGGAAUCAGACAGAAUUCCACGAAGCCACCCGUAGGAGACUCAGGGCGCAGCCUUGACAGAGUACUUAAAUUAACAAGUUUAUAAAGUUCUUGAUUUAUCGAGAGACUCCAGGCAAAGCUACCCUAAAUUCCCAAUUCUUGGAAAUGUAUAUAUAUUUCUCUCUAUGAGGUUUCUGGAUGCAGAUCUUUUGUUAUCCUGAAGCCCCAUGGUAUGGUGUUUAUAUAUUAUUGUUUUUUUUGUUUUUUGUUUUUUUGAGAGGGGUGGGUGUUGGGUGUGUAAUUAUGGGAUUGUGAGUGUGAAUGGGGACUAGAACAGGGUUUAUUAGGGACAGGUCCCCUCCUAAACCAAGUGUAUUUGCCAAUCUCGCCCAAGGAGCAGUCAAGUUUGAACUGAAUGUCAGAUAAGUGCGGUGUUCUUUCCCGCAGUUAGAAUUUAGGUACCCUGGUAUCACCUCUGACUCCAAGUCUGAUCUGCCUUGUAAAGAACCCCCUCUGCAAUCAAGAUAAAGAGAAACGUGUCUGAUGGGAGUCUUGCCUACAAAAGUCCGGUUCUAACAGAGAACAGAAAGGCCAGUGUGAGAGACUACUCCAGGUUCAUUGGGGGUGGCCGACUCCUGAAGAUUGUAAAAAAAAAAAAAAAACCCCAGUCCAAGAUUGUAACCUGGAUUGGCCUAAAAGGGUGAAGCCAUUCCAGAAAGUAUGGCCCCUAAAAGACGAUAGCGUGAGCAGCUGAAACCUCAAAGACCACCAUAGACUGCAGCUGGUUACAGAAAGAAAGGCCAGUCUACGGAAAUUGACUCAAAGACUGUGAAAGAAAGACCAAGAUGCAGAGAGAAGAAGACGGAAUACUCUGAGGAUGGAGACUAAGGUUACGGUGAACGGCAAGUCAGAGAUAGUCGCAGUGGGUGAUGUCUAGGUACCUAAGGACCAUAGUAUACUUCAGUCCUUCCUGAACUGUCACCAAGAGUGGGGUAGAGAGGGGCAAAUACAUAUCCAUCCUUCCCGCCAAAGUUAAUUGUCGUAUUCCCGACAACAGGGGGAUUGUAAGGGAAGGAUGGGUCCCAUCCCCCCCCCAACCCCUCCCUGCCUCCCAGCAGGGAGGGAAAGCCAGGCAAGGUCUGGCCGGAGGAUCUGCUUUGAUCCUCCUAUCACCAUGCCGGCCCACAUGUUAGAGUAGUGUGUGUGUCGGAGGAGGGGCGUGUGUGCACGCUGCUGGGCAGGACUGAGCAGGGUUUAAAAGGCCCGGCGCAGCUGCACUCGGUCUCUUCUUCUUGUGUGCAUCGCCCGGAGAACAUCACCCCCCUGGACAACGAGCAUUUAAACCUGGCUGAGUAUAUCAACCCCUACUAUCCCACCAAUGAAUCCCAUUAACCCCUACUGCUAUCCCACCAACGAAUCCCAUCCAUUCAAACCCCUGCUAUCCCACCAACGAUCCCACUAACUCCCAUUCCCAUCAAACCCCUACUCCAUUAACCCCUACUGAUCAAACCCCUGCUAUCCCACCAACGCCCAUCAAACCCCUACUCCAUUCAAACCCCUAUUAUCCCACCAACGAUCCCUAUCCCCUGUACCCCAACUCCCUUUUGUUGGUUCAGGGAAAGUUUAGCACCGGGAAGGGUGGGCAAUUAUAUCGUGUGUGAUUGUGUAUGUGUAGUUAGAUUGUGGGUGAAUUUUGGGGAUUGUUAGUGUAAAUGAGGAUUGUUUCAUUUAGUUGUUUUAUGUUGUGUAAUUGGUAUAUCUGCAUUAGAGGUAGUUACUGUUUUUAUUGUUGAGUGUCGUAUUAAAUAUAUUGUGUUAUUUGUAACUUCUGUGGUGUGUUUGUUAUUAUGGUAAGUAGAGUAGUAAUCGCACGCAGAUAGUUAGUACAGUACAGUAUAUAGCGUACAUAGUGUACAUAGUGAAAGGCCAAUUAAGAGUAGUUCUUUAAGGAAUAAAUAGGCGGAGUUAAGUAUCGAACAUCUGCAUAAACAGCGAUAACGGAUACACC